AUGCGUGAAAACUACUACAACAAGAAGAAACUGAAAUAUCUUGAAAUGCUGAGGUCUGGGAAAGCAAAGAAGAAUUCAAGAGGAGACAUAAUCAAAGAUGCACCUUUCCAAAACUCGAAGGCUGAUGUUGGAAGAAUUGAGCCAAGUAGGAAGUGGUUUACCGGGUCAAAAACGAUAUCAUCCACCGAACUAGAUGCAUUUAGACUAGAGACAAAGAUAGAAAGCCCAUAUAAUGUAUUGCUUAGCACUGGAAAGGUACCAUACUCUCUUCUUGAAGAUGGAACAAAGAAGAAAAAGCGCGGAGACUUUGAGGAGGUUUUUGGAAAAAGAUCUGUAAGGAAGAAACCAAAUCUUCAGUACAGCAGUCUUGAGGAAUUGUCUCAGAAAGCCAAGGAAGCCAAAGAGGAAAAGAAAGAAGUCAAGAAAGACCAUGUGAAGGGCCAGAGCCAUCGAAUAUGGCUUGAGUUGUACAAGGUUCUAGACAGCAGCGAUGUGAUUGUUCAUGUUCUCGAUGCAAGAGAUCCUUUGGGAACCAUGUGUGAUAAAAUAGCCAGUUACAUUAAGGAGGAAGCGCCUCAUAAACAUCUUAUGUAUGUACUGAACAAAGUGGAUCUUGUUCCUACUGGGGUAACUGCCAAGUGGCUAAAACGUCUCUCAAAGUCUCAUCCUACUAUAGCAUAUCACUCAAAUUCAGUAACAAACAACUAUGGAAAGGCCAGUCUUAUAAAUCUGUUGAAGCAGCUUAGCAAACUAUACAAGAAGAGACAUCUAAGCGUUGGAUUUGUUGGAUAUCCAAACACAGGAAAAAGCAGUAUAAUAAACACCUUAAGAAACAAGGAAGUGUGCAAAGUUGCUCCUAUUCCGGGGGAAACCAAGGUAUGGCAGUAUAUAGCACUUACAAGAGGGAUUUACCUUAUAGACUGCCCGGGAAUUGUCCCUAUUCCUGACUAUGAUCAGGCGGUCCUUAGAGGUGCUGUAAGAAUUGAAAACAUCGAGGAUCCAGAAGACUAUAUUGAUAUGAUAGUUGAAAAGGCUAGGGAUUCUAUAUCAAAGACAUAUAGAAUUCAAUUUCUUGAUUCUACAGACCUACUUGAAAGACUCGCAAUUAAGUUUGGUAAACUACAGAAGGGGGGAGAACCCAAUACCAAUACCGUUUCUAAAAUGAUCCUUCAUGACUGGGUCCGAGGGAAGAUUCCAUACUUUGUGCCUCCAAAAGAAGAAGAUGGAGAUGAAGAAAAAUAG